AUGUUACCAUUUGGCGAGUUUUUCUGGUCAUUCCUCAGCAUGAACAUGGACGAGGUGAUGCACCAGUGUCGCAUACUUGGCAAUUCCACUGUCUGGUUGAGCAUCAAGAUCUUCAUUCUGCUUACGGGUCUUCCAGCCAACCUGGGCCUGCUGUGGAUGUUGAUGAGCAGCAAGAAGGCCCUAUCAGCCUCCGAGGUCCUGGUCCUCAACUUGUCCAUCCUGGACAUCCUGUACUGCCUCUGCCUGCCCGUGGACAUCUACACUGCCAUGCACCACGACACGUCCAAACAGAUGCUCUCAGCGGCCAGAGCCCUCUCGGCCCUCAACAUCUUUGGCUGUCCUCUCCUGCUGGCCUGCAUGUGUGUGGAGCACUAUCUAGUGGCAGCGCGGCCCGUGGCCUACAUGCGACUGGGGAAGUGGAAGUACCACGCUGGGGUGUGCGCCCUGGCCUGGCUCCUCACCCUGGUGGUGAUGCUGCUGGCCUACUUCCAGGGGGUGUUCUCCAUAGCUCUGUACUUUGCCGUCACCAUUUCAGUCCUGUUCCUGAUCAUGCUGCUUUGUCUGGUGGGCAUCAUGUGGUCGUUGUGCCAGAGUGGGACUGGGGAGGGUUCUGGGGAGGGGUCGGGGGGCAGCAUGAACCUUUUGAGGAGAUCUCUGAAGAACAUCUUGCUCAUCCUGGUGCCCUCGGCGGUGGCCUACACUCCUCUAGUGGCCCUGGUGCCCUUCAUGUCCAUGUGGCACCCGGAGAAGGAGGACCAAGUGGCUAACCGCAUACACUGCUGCAUCCUCCAGUUGCUCCUGGCCGUCCCCAACUUCGGCCUGUACAUUGGGCCCUUGUUCUACAUGUCCCGCUUCAGACAGCUGCUCCUCUGCUGCAGGAAGGGGGAUAAUAAAGUGCUAGCAGACUCCAAGACGCAGGCAGAAUAG